AUGGAACUAGGAAACGAUACACAAAUUUCAGAGUUUCUUCUUCUGGGACUUUCAGAGGAACCAGAAUUGCAGCCCCUCCUUUUUGGGCUCUUCCUCUCCUUGUACCUGAUCACCGUGUGUGGAAACCUGCUCAUCAUCCUGGCCACCAUCUCAGACUCCCACCUGCACACCCCCAUGUACUUCUUCCUCUCCAACCUGUCCUUUGCUGACAUCUGUUUCACCUCCACCACCGUCCCAAAGAUGCUGGUGAACAUCCAGACCCAGAGCAAGGUCAUCACCUAUGCAGGCUGCAUCACCCAGAUGUUCUUUUUUACAGUCUUUGCAGGACUGGAUGUCUUUCUGCUGAAUGCAAUGGCCUAUGACCGGUAUGUGGCCAUCUGUCACCCCCUGCACUACACGGUCAUCAUGAACCCCUGGCUCUGUAUGUUGCUGGUUCUGGCGUCCUGGACCAUGAGUGUCCUGCAUUCCUUGUUAUAUAGCUUAAUGGUAUCAUGGCUGUCCUUCUGUACAGAUUUGGAAAUCCCUCACUUUUUCUGUGAACUGAAUCAGGUGGUCCGUCUUGCCUGUUCUGACGCUUUUCUUAAUGACAUGGUGAGGUAUUUUACAGCUAUGAGCUUAGCUGGCAGUUCCCUCACCUAUGUCCUUUACUCUUACUGUAAGAUAGUUUUCUCCAUUCGUGCAAUCCCAUCAGCUCAGGGGAAGUACAAAGCCUUUUCUACCUGUGCCUCUCACCUCUCAGUUGUCUCCUUAUUUUAUUGCACAAGCCUGGGUGUGUACCUUAGUGCUGGGAAUACCCACAGCUCACACUCAAGUGCAGCAGCCUCAGUGAUGUACACUGUGGUCACCCCCAUGCUGAACCCCUUCAUCUACAGUCUGAGGAAUAAAGCCAUAAGUAGGGCUCUGAAGAGAUGCUUUGAAAGGGAAACAGUAAAAGGACCUCUCAUUCUGGGACUACAAAACUGA